AUGGAAGUAAAGCCGGGAACCUGUCUGGAUGAGAAGGCGGAUAUGAUCUGGGAAUCUAACUCAGGAGCAUAUGGGAAAUGCUUCGUCCUUAAAAUCGGAGAUAAAUUUCAAGUAUUAAAAAAAUAUUUCAAUUCAUCAGGACAAAAGAUUGAAAAAGUCUUUGAAGAAAUGGAAGGAUUUCAAAUCCCACUUGCACCAAAAUAUUUCGAUACUUCAGUUAAGCAUCCAGGAGAACCUUUUGAUUGGGUUUUAAUGGACUACAUUCCAGGCGUCACAUUAGAGAGGCUUUUAAGAGACCAUAAGCGUAUUAGACUCCUAUACAUCAUUGAAAUAAUUACGGCUCUUAACCUUCAACUGAAAAAGAUGGGAAAGAAAGGAAUCAAACAUCGUGACUUGAAACCAGGCAAUAUCGUUAUCGACGCAAACUUUAUACCUCACAUUCUUGAUUGGGAUGAUAUGACAACAAGAAUUUCAAUGACACAAAGCCCUUACCACGGAACAAUUCGUUUUGCAGCUCCAGAAAUUUUUGAAAUGAAAAGAGAAUGCGCAUCCGACAUUUUCUCAUUCGGAAGCAUCAUUUUCAACAUGCUGACAGGCAAAGCUCCUUUCGAUGAUGUCUACAACAAUCUCGAUGGCAUCUUUCAAUUUAUACCUAAAGAAUAUCAUGUAGAAGAAGUUGAUGAACAAGAAGACGAUGAAGAUGAACAAGAAGAUGAUGAAAAUAAACAAAAAGAUAAAGAAAAAAAGUUAAAAAGAUUAAUACAAAAAACAAAAAGAGGAGUUAAUUAUUACUUGAAAAGAAAUGAGGAGUUAGAAGAUUUGAUAUCAGAACAUCCAAACAAAGGUCAUCUUGCAUUGAAUAUAUUUAACACCUAUAAUGAUGAUACAAAAGCAUCAAUGCAUUUGUAUGUAAUGAAUUUAGCUGAACAACAUACAAAAGAAAAAAUCAGACAACAAAUUGAAGAAUACAGAUCAUUGGAUGAAACUACACAAAAAAUCUUAUCCAUGAAAAUCGAUCUUGAUCAAUGUUAUGGUGAGCUUAUUAGAAAUAACAUCGAACCAAUAUUGAUCGAAUUAAUUAAAAUUGGCGUUAGAGAUGAGGAUUUAAUCUAUGAUAAAGAGUUCCUUGAACAUGAACAUGAUAAAGCUUUGGCAAAUAUCAUUUCUAAUUGCUGGAAACAAGAACCAAAAGACAGAUGGACUCCCAAACAAAUUCAAAAAGAAAUCGAUAAUAUUGUCCAAUAUUUAACUGAUACUGAAAAGAAAAAGUACGAAGAUUACUGUGCAAAAAUUUAUGACCUUGAGCAAAAAGAAUACGGAACAGUUGAAAUGAUCAACAAAGCAAGAGAGAAGGGAUUUUAUUAUUGUGAUUACACUCUUGGCGACAUUAUCUAUUAUUUGGAUAAUAGUUUUGACUUCGAUCGAAUCACCCUUGAUAAGUUCUACGAUUUCAUAAAUACAAGAACUGUUGCAUGCUAA